CUUCAAUCAAAUUUAUUGUCAAAUUUUUCUAUAUAAAUAAAUUCAGAACGUGUUAACGCAAGUUUUCUUAAACAUGGCAAAACUACUGAUUUUGUUAUUCAUUUGUGUUGUAGCAUGCUGGGGCAAAAAAUUACCGUCGUAUAUUACAAAAUGCAAAUUUCACGAUCCUUCGAUGACGAAAUGCAUGAAAGACAACAUACCUAACAUAAAACCACAUCUAAAAGAAGGCAUCAAGGAAUUAAGCGUUCCGCCGUUAGUUCCAUUCCACUUAGCCGAACUCGUAAUAGAAGCGACUAAAGAUCUUGUAAUCAAAUUAUCAGACUUAGAUGUCUUUGAUUUGGAUUCAUUUGAUGUCAGGGAAAUGAUUUCAGUCCCCGAAGAAUUUCUUGGUAAACUAGAUUUAUACUUUGAAAAAAUUCAAAUCAUUGGAACCUAUGACAUCGACGGAAAAAUUCUUAUCCUGCCAAUCAAAGGACAUGGUCCCGCCAAUAUCACACUGUAUCAAUUUUUGGUACAUUACGAAUACAUCUAUCGUCCUGUCGAGAUCAACGGCAAGCCACACUUACAACUCACAAACGGAGAUUUUCAAUUUCGCGCUGGCAAAAUUUCUCUACAAUUGGAUAAUUUAUUCAACGGUGAUAAAGCUCUCGGAGAACAAGUGAAUGCUUUCCUGAAUGAAAACUGGAAAGAAAUUGAAGAUAUACUGCGACCGUCAAUCACUGAAACAGUCAAAAGUAUCAUCGAUGUGAUUUUUAAUUCAAUCACAAACAAUGUCGCAUUGGAAGAUUUGUUUGCUCUUUAAACAAUUAAAUUUUUUAAUAGUUUUGUUUAAAUAAUAAAUAAUCGGUUAUAGACUU